CGAUUGGCCGAAGGGCGUUUGGAGAGCUGCAGGCAGCAGCCUUAUUAUGGGAGAGACCGAGAAGACACGCACAUGCACACAGCGCACCGGCAAAAGUUUGCGCAGGAGCUGGGACGGGAAUGCGAGCUGGGGUCCGCUGUAAUGAAGGCGAAACUUACCGAGCUUAAACUGAUUUCUAAUCGCAUGAAAGGUCAGAGAGUGAUGUGUUCAGGAACGAUUCAGCGUGCCGGAGACCAGUGAACACAGGGGACCAGCGGGCGAUCGGGCUGGGAUGUUCAGCCAGAUGUAGUGGCGUGACGGCAAUUACAACAAAACAGGCUCGGAUUUAAUACCGAAAGAUGCCACUGGUGUCAGUCAGAAGAGUUUGCCCCGUAUUGGGCACACACUCAGUGGCGCCCUCUCGUGUUUGAAUGAGUGAUUUGGCAUGGAGGUCACCAUUGAAGAGGGGAUGAAUAUGGUGAUCGUCAACCACUACAACCACUCGGGGAAGUGGGAGCGACCACGCGGGACAGGCACCUGCAAGACCGCGCUGGUGCUGAUCAUCUGCGUGUUGAUCGUGCUGGAGAACGUCACGGUUCUGCUGGCCCUGUGCCGUCACAAGCGUUUCCACAGCCGCAUGUACCUGCUCAUCGGCAAUCUGGCGCUGUCGGACCUGCUAGCGGGCGUGGCCUACGCCGUCAACAACUUCACGUCGGGCCGCUGGACCUUCUUCCUGACGCCGACGCAGUGGUUGGCGCGGGAGGGCAGCAUGUUCGUGGCGCUGAGCGCCUCCACCUUCAGCCUGCUGGCCAUCGGCAUUGAGCGUCACAUGACCAUGGUGCGCCGGCGGCCCUCGGAGACGGCCGGGCGGGGUCGCCUGCUGGGCCUGCUGGGGGCUUGCUGGGCCGUGUCAGUGCUGCUCAGCGCUCUUCCCAGCCUGGGCUGGAACUGCCAGGGCCACCUGGAGGCGUGCUCCACCGUGCUGCCUCUCUACGACAAAAGUUACGUGGCGUUCUGCAUCAGCAUCUUCAGCGCCCUACUGGCCGCCAUCGUGGUGCUCUACAUCCGCAUCUACCGGCUGGUGACGUCGAGCGGGCGGCGGCUGGGUGGCAGCCGGCCCUCGGAGCGCUCGCUGGUGCUGCUGCGCACCGUGGUCAUCGUUUUGAGCGUCUUCGUGGUGUGCUGGGCGCCCCUCUUCCUGCUGCUGCUCCUGGACGUGGGCUGCAGCCCCGAGCGCUGCCCCGUGCUCUACCAGGUGGAGUGGUUCAUCGGCCUGGCUGUGCUCAACUCUGCCCUGAACCCGCUCAUCUACACGCUGACCAGCCGCGAGUUGAGGACCGCGUUCUUCCGCGUGCUGUGCUGCAGCCAGGCCCAGCUGGAGACGACGCCACCCAUUGAAGGCCCCCCCAACCUGGUCGCUGUCAGCCCCACUGGCGAGAACAGCAAGUCCAGCGCAGGUGGACCUGGGGCUGCUGUCUCGGGACUGACCAAAAGCAAAAUCUCAACACCCCUGAGUUCCAGCCUUCCACACCCUGGGCCCUCAUCUCCCACCCUGCUCCACCCCUCUGGUCCUGCUGAUCUUCUGUCUGCCGUCCUGGUUAAAGCAGGGGCGCUGCCAAGCCUCAGCAAGUUCUGAUCAAAUUCUGACCAGUUCCGACCAUACGAGUACUUGACCACAUCCUGUUCUCAUGUACCUGUUUUGCAUCAUCUUCCAUCGCCGAACACCAGUUCCAAUACUCAAAUACAGAAGUACAGAGGAUGGUAAAAAUCCCCGCAUGCUGUUCUUGUCCCACUCCAAAUAUCAAUAACACAUUGGUUGCAUCCUUGCCAAACAAGGCAAAUCCCAUGAUUCAUUGCACCCCAAUUUAGCAAGACUGCUUCUGCCAGGAACACAAGUACGAUCUUUGCGUUCUGGGUAUUGAGAAACACCCCCACGCUUUGACCAAGUUCUGACCAGAUGCCCCUCCCACAGUCUGAACAGAACAUCCAUCCAUUUUCCAAACCACUUAUCCUACUGGGUCGCGGGGGGUCCGGAGCCUAUCCUGGAAACAAUGGGCACGAGGCAGGGAACAACCCAGGGUGGGGGGCCAGCCCAUCGCAGGGCACACUCACACACCAUGCACUCACACACCAUGCACUCCUAUGGGCAAUUUAGGAACCACCAUACCGCCCCUAACAACAGAACACACUUUGAAUAUUGAUGGAUAACUGAACUUGGGCAGCUUGCUUGAUGGAAUAUUCCAGAAAUUCUGCUCCUCUGUGGAAAUGACACUUUUUUUUGUAAAUGAGACACUGCUCACUGUUCACAAGGCCCUUCAAAGGACUCGAUAACCUCACAUGAACCAUUACUGCGCGUGAUGCAAGAUGUAUCAUAAUUAGGAAUAUUCAGGUGCUUUUUCUGCCGCCUCUCACCAUAGCCGAUAACUUGGAAUGCAGAUAUUGUUUUCUUAAGUAUUAUAAUAAUAUCUUAGGGUGACACUGUGCUUAAAAUUCAACCUGAGCAGUUUAUAGGUAGCAGAAGCAGCCAUGGAGUAAACUUGAACAUAGUAAAAUCGCGAUUCACUGUAUAUAUGUAAAUUUGAGGGUUCCUAUUCACAUUUUAUAUCUAUCAAAAUAUAAUUUAAUUUUAUGCAUAUUUUCUGAAAAAUAUUGAAGUUCCGGCUAUUUUUAUGUCCCAUUUAAAAGGUUGAAGGUACAAAAUCGAAAUCAUUCAUGCUGAUCUUUUCACACUUGGAUUUCUGUUAUUUAAAGCACUGCUGGUACUUCAAAUAAAGCUGUAAAUGGUAAA